CUCAAAGUCGCCCGCAUCGGCACUCUCUACGCCCUCCUCGAGCGCGGCCUCGCUCCGUACUCCCCGGCUCGCGACAGCGUGGUUGACAUGCUCGACGAUCUUGCCGACCGCAUCCAGGCCAUUGUUCCCAGCUCACCCCUCCGCCCCUCACCCAUGCCGCCGCCACCUAACCCAUCCGAGUACUACCCGCUCCCUGACACUCGCGCUGCGGUCAUUGACGCGCUUAUCGGUGCGAACAACGUCUCAGUCGUUGGUGUCAGCGGGCUCGGUGGCGUCGGCAAGUCGUCACUCGCUGCCGAUGUCGCCAUCCAUCCCGCCAUCACCUCGGUCUUCUCCGUCUUCUGGCUCUCACUUGAUGAGGACAAUACGUCCAACGCCGAUCUAGUCAGCUCCAUGGCUCACCUUCUCGAGCACGGCCUUGGUUGUGACAUAGGCCCCCGUGCCAACCUCGACGAUCUCCAACAUAUCCUUGCUGCCAAGACCCGGGCCCUCGCCGACGCCGGCACCCGCAUCCUGCUCAUCCUCGACGAUGUUUGGACCACCCCCCAGGCCUCCGUCUUCACCAACCACAUCGCAGCCCCGCAUGCCGUCCUCGUCACCUCGCGCAACGCCGCUGUUGCUACCAGCUCUGCCUCCUCCAUCAAGCUUGAUACCUUUGGCCCGGACGACGCUGCUGUUGUCCUUCGCAACUACCUCGCCAAGGGCUCACCUGAGUGGGCAAACACCCUUGCUCUCAACGAUCCCCGCAUCGUCUCCCUCGCGACCUUUUGCCGUGGCCAUGCCCUCGCCCUCGCCGUCCUUGGCUCGUCCAUUUCUGGCGAGGCUGCGCUUGACGCCGCUGUUGCCAACUUUGAUUCGGCCUCCAAGCGUGCUUUCCACAAGCACCGCAAGUCAGAAGGCGGCACCGACGCCAAGUACGCCCACAUCUUUGAUAUCAUCACAUGGACCCUCCGCAGCAUCGACGACCUCGACCGUCCGAUGGCACUCGCCAUUUACGCCAUGCUCGGCGUCUUUCCUUCAGACGCGCCCAUCGACGUCGCCAACUUCCGCGCCACAGUCCCAGAAGACGAUAUUGACUUUGCUGCGGCCCUCGAUGCCCUCGCCAACACGUCGUUGCUGCGCGUCGUUGCCACGAAUGGCGGCACCAUAACCGUAGUCGAGCUGCACGAUCUGCACCUCGACUACAUUCGCCAUCGGCUAGAGGUGUGCUUUGACGACAUCCCUUCCCUUCCUGUCCGUCACCUCGCCGUUGUCGCCGGGGUGCCUCCGCCUGGCGCCACACCAGAGUCCGCUAAGACGGCAAUGACCUCUGGCACUGCCUCCGAUUGGAUCGUCACCCACGGUAUUUCCCACCUGAUUGCAGCCGGAGCGAACCAUGCUGCCGUUGCCGUUGCUCUCUCCUGGCCAUGGAUGAAAGCCCGCGCAGACGACUCGCUUGGUGGCCUCCUCAAUGAUCUGCGAGCCAAAGACGUUGACGAGGUCGAGCGUGCGCUGUCGCUCUCACGUCAAAUCAUUGAGAGCGGUACGUCGCACAUCGAGACCGAGCUUGUCGCCCGACUUGCCUAUGACAACGCGUCCAAAGCCGUGAAGGACCUGGUUGCUGCUGUGCGCGAAGAUGUCCCGUCUGGGGCUCUCAUUCCAUCGAGAGCCGUGGACCCUGUCGCGCAUCGUGGUGCUGAGCGCUUUCGCUUUGUUGGCUCGUACGAAAAAGUCAUCAACAUCGGUGGCUCGCUGGUUGCUGGUGGAUGUGGAAAGAAUGUGGACGUACUUGACGUGCAAACUGGUGAACGCAUGGAGGUGCUGGAGGGCCACACCAGCGAUGUGCGGGGUGUGAUUGCGCUGCCGAGUGCGGAUGGCCAGCUGCCUGUCCUGGUCUCGUGGUCGAGAGACAACACGAUCCGGGUGUGGCAUGCUGCGGACGACGGGACGGGCGCCAUGCGGUACACCGCGGACAGUGCCUCCUGUGAGGUGCUGGAGGGCCACACCAGCAAUGUGCGGGGUGUGAUUGCGCUGCCGAGUGCGGAUGGCCAGCUGCCUGUCCUGGUCUCGUGGUCGAAGGACAACACGAUCCGGGUGUGGCAUCUUGCGGACGACGGGAUGGGCGCCAUGCGGUACACCGCGGACAGUGCAUUCUGUGAGAUGCUGGAGGGCCACACCGACGAUGUGUGGGGUGUGCUUGCGCUGCCGAGUGCGGAUGGCCAGCUGCCUGUCCUGGUCUCGUGGUCGGGGGACAAGACGAUCCGGGUGUGGCAUGCUGCGGACGACGGGACGGGCGCCAUGCGGUACACCGCGGACAGGGCCUCCUGUGAGGUGCUGGAGGGCCACACCAGCAAUGUGCGGGGUGUGAUUGCGCUGCCGAGUGCGGAUGGCCAGCUGCCUGUCCUGGUCUCGUGGUCGAAGGACAACACGAUCCGGGUGUGGCAUCUUGCGGACGACGGGAUGGGCGCCAUGCGGUACACCGCGGACAGUGCAUUCUGUGAGAUGCUGGAGGGCCACACCGACGAUGUGUGGGGUGUGCUUGCGCUGCCGAGUGCGGAUGGCCAGCUGCCUGUCCUGGUCUCGUGGUCGAACCACAAGACGAUCCGGGUGUGGCAUGCUGCGGACGACGGGACGGGCGCCAUGCGGUACACCGCGGACAGGGCCUCCUGUGAGGUGCUGGAGGGCCACACCAGUGAUGUGCAGGGUGUGAUUGCGCUGCCGAGUGCGAAUGGCCAGCUGCCCGUCCUGGUCUCGUGGUCGGAGGACAGGACGAUCCGGGUGUGGCAUGCUGCGGACGACGGGACGGGCGCCAUGCGGUACACCGCGGACAGGACCUCCUGUGAGGUGCUGGAGGGCCACACCGGCAAUGUGGAGGGUGUGGUUGCGCUGCCGAGUGCAGAUGGCCAGCUGCCUGUCCUGGUUUCGUGGUCGACGGACAGGACGAUCUGGGAGUGGUUUCCUGCGGACGACGGGACGUCCUCUCUGGGCUAUACAUCUUCCACAGCCUUUCACCAAGUGCUACAAGGCCACACGGGCCACAUCAGUGGUGUGAUUGCGCCUUCAUAUGCGUCUCGCCCCGACGUCAUCACACUGGCCUCAUGGUCCUCCGACUCUUCUCUGCGCGUCUGGCGUCCCGCAUCACCCAGCCAGUCUCGCUCGGCCACCAUUGACAUCGCCAUCAUCUGCGCCCCAAACAACGAGGACACUGCCUGGCGGCUGCGCCACUCAAUCCUCGCCCGCUUCCCCUCGCUCAUUAUUGCCUACUCUCGUGCCGCGGACCCAAGGGACCUUCCGUCUGCGUCUGUAUACGCCGUCCUCGUCUCGCGUUCUCUCCUCGUAUCUGGCCGCGCGCUUGCCGCCUCCAGACUUGCGCUUGCCUCAUCCUCUUCUCGGCACAUCCCGCUCUUUAUCGACCGCGAGAUCCUCCCACGAUUCGUUGCCAAGUUCUUCUCCGACCGUGACACUGCUGUGGACAUCAUUUAUCGCUCGCUUUCCCUCGAUUCCGACGCCCAGACUUCCUGGGCUUUGAGCGAUGGUUCUUACCAUGCCGGCGCCGUCCGACUCCUUCGCGACCUUGCUGCAUCACCCGACGCCUCGACUUACAACUGGUACAUCGACCCCAAGGCGGCGGUCCGUGACCUCGGUCUCCAUGUCGUCCACGCCCUCGACCUUCCGCCGCCACCGGUGCUCCCACCGCCGCCACUCCCAGACAACUUUAUCGUCCGCGAUGAGCAACAGCACGUUGUCCACCAGCUCAGCUCCGAUGCCCGGUUGCUUGCCAUCACAGGUCCAAGCGGCUGCGGCAAGUCGCUCAUGCUGGCGGCCGCGCUUGCGGAACCGGCUCUCGCCUCCAAGUUCCAAAUUGUUUGGUUUGAUGCAAGCCAGUACGACGCGCUCGACGUCGGCCUCUGGCACUUGCUCGUCAAUGGCUUUGGCGAGUCUGUUUUGCCUGUGGGCAACCUCGGGGCCGACGCGCUAGCCAGCGCGCUCAGGGAUAUCUCAGCCUCAUACAACCUUCGUGGCCGACACGUCGCCUUGGUCCUGGACGACGCCGUCACGCUUGAGCUCGUCAAGACCGUUACUUCUGCCUGGACCAGCUCGCCCGGGCACUGCGUUGCCGUCACGACACGCGUGCUUGCUCCUGAUGAGCUGGAGCUUGGCGACGUCAUUGGCAUCCGCGGCCUCUCACCAGAGCACGGGGGCGCUCUCCUAGCUCGGUCGGCGUCCGCUCUUGACGAACAAGAUCUGUUGUCCAGCCUCGUGAACGAGGUCGCCGGUAACCCCAUGGUGCUAAGUAUCCUCGACCGAUUCAUCUCUGACUUUCCGGAGCGAGUUGUCGAAGCUCACAGUGUCGUCUGUGCCACCGCCUCCGACACCUCGUCCGAUGACGACAGCACUGCCGCUCUUUGCUCCGCUGUCAUGCAGCUGGCGUACGACGCACUCCCCGUUACCGCUCAGGAUGCUCUCCACGACAUCUACAAAGCCGAUGGUGGUCUGCGGUCGUCACCGGCACUUCCUCACUUUGAGCUAGAUCGCGUCGUCCGCGCAGGCCUCCUCCACGUCUCUCACGACCGCUACGUUCUGCACAACCUCCAUCGAAUCUUUGCCAUCACCGCAUUUGGCGCCGUGGACAAAGGCAAGGCUGGCGAUGAACCUGUGCCAGACGACUCCAGCGCGAUAGUCUCGUCGAGCUCACUCGAGCCGCUCAAAGAGCAUGAUGUUCCUUCCGACUCGACUGCGGGCCAUGACAAGGUGGAGGAUGAUGGCAAUGCAGUCGUGACUCACGACCUCGUCGACACGCCGGUGUCCACAACCGAGGAUCGCCCCAAGCUCGACAUCCUCCUUGCUUCGCUCGGCUUUGAUGGCCCGCCCAUGGAGUUCCAGACCGCCAAGCAACAGCUGCUGUGGAUCUCAGAGGUUGAGGACACCUCUGCCCUCGCCGAAGAUCGUGCUUGGCGCCUCCGGCAGCGUGCGGUCAAGGCCUGGACAGACGCCAUCGCUGCUACAGGCGGAUCGAGUUCAGAUCCUCAACAAGCCCGUGAUAGGCUUGCCUUUGACUCUCGCGUGGUCGUUGCCAUCAACUCCAAUCUGCUGCUCGUCGUUGAGGUUGGCCCCCAGUGGCAACCUGCCUCCUCUGUCGAGCGUGCUGGUCGCGACUGGAGCUUGCAGAUCCAGAACCACGUCGACCUCUCAGCGAGCGAUGUCAAGGAAAUUGAGCUCGUCGCCAGCGCUUGGAAGCUUUGGUCGUACCAGCCCCACUCGCUCAACGUUUCCAGAGCCGGAUCCAGUACUGAUCACCCUUCCCGUGACGAGAUCGAGCUUGCCAUUGCACGUGCCAUUGCCUGGGAGCUCGGCCAGGCAAACUCGUGGCUGCCGAAGAGCGUGGCAGCGUCAUACGAGCGCGACGUGAUGCUGAUCCACGGCGGCCUGAGCAAGGGCUACAUGGGCGAGAUCAAAGACUACUUGGAAGAACACAACGUGUCCACCUUCUUGGACGAGUUCUCGCUUGGUGCCCAGCAGUGUACAAGGAAGGAUGAUUACGAAGACCUACGCGCAGUCGUGCGUUCGUCGCGGGUGGCGGUGGUCUCGGUCACGCCGUACUCGCUGGCAUCGCCAGCUGCGCUUGCUGAGAUGGACGAAGCACUUGCGAACCCGGCGGUUGUUCCAGUACCUGUUUUCCACCAUGAGAACUUGCCGUUUGAGGAGUUCUGUCGCCUGCUCCAUGCGCCUCGAGACCAGGCGACCGAGCCAGCGCUGAUCAAGUUCCUCGACGAGUCGAUGACUGGUGCCGAGCACGCAAGUCGGAAGAGGAAGUGGAACGGCGGUGCUGUAGACCUCGAGUUGGCCAGCCCAGCCCAGCUGGAAUACCGGGGUCAUAUUCGUGACCGCUGCAUGAAUAUCGCGUUGCGGCUGUCGAGAUGGGGUCUGUGCUCGAUCAGCGGCCGCACCAGAAGGCCGACAGAGUGGAUCUGCGAGUACGUCGCCGGCGUCCUCGAGUAUGUCGGCAUCAGCUUCUCUCGCACCGGCUCCGUCCCAGACCUGCCAGACUCUCACGUUGCCAUUCCGGAUCGGCUGCGCUCGAAGGUAGCCUCUGCUUUGAAAGAGAAGCGCGUCUUCGUGCUCCGCGGCAAGAGCAAGAGCGGCAAGACAGCGUUGGCUCUUUGGCUUGCCAACAGUGAGCUGGCCAAGGACUAUCUUACCAUCUGGCUCGACAUGGAUAUAGGUGACCUCCGCCAUGCACAGUCGGAUUCGCAGGUGCCUUGUGCGCUGAGAGAGGCCCUCAUUGAUAAGAUCAUCUUCUCCCGCAAUGGUCGCAAAAACGGCGACUUGAAAGCCUUGUGCGCCACAAGCCCUCGCCCGUGGCUCGUGAUUGUGGAGAACGUGCGCGACAACUUGGUCCAUGACUUUUUCAACCGUCUCUUCGCUAAGAAUCUUCGCCAUCGCCUGGUGCUCACCUGCAAGCCGCUGUUUCGGCUUGGCGACGAAAGUGUUGUGGAAGUUGCGCUGCAGAAGGACGAAGCUGUCGAUACCUUGACGCAGCUCCUGGGCAAGGAGCCGACUUGGUCGGGCGAGUUUGACCUACCUAGCGACAAGGACCUGCAGUCACUGGCGGCCAAGCAUCGUACCGACAUUGCCGCCCUCGUCGCCAUUGCCAAGCUGGGCGAUGUCUUGGUCGAUCUGCAACUCAACAAGCUGACCAAGGACACGACGUGGUCGCCAGACAAGCCGCGGAUCCACAACCUUACGAUGCAGCCUGUCACGGUCCUCUUCGCACUCGCUCUUGCCUGUGAGGUCGAGGUGGCCCGGCGAUGCAUCGUUCGGGCUGUACGUGGCCAGCUCGCCUUUGCUGCCAGUCCGCUCUUCGGGUUGUAUCUCGACAAGGAUCUCACCGAUGACACAGUCGCCGAAGCCGUGGAACAGCGGGCGCUGGAGGCUCUCAUCAUCGCCGGAUUUAUCGAUGACGAGUCGCUCUUUAUGCCUGAGGGUCAGGUAGAGGCGCUCUUGAACCAGCUUCUGCCGGCCAAUUCGCAUGACCAGAACCAGCUGCUUCGCUUUGCGGAAGACCGAACGCGCCGUCUCGGACAUCAACGCGAUCUUUGA